GCAACAGCGACCGCGACCACGAGCACGACGCCUCCGCCAGCCUCCUCGUCGCCCGCGCCCGUCUCCGCCGCCACCCUCCGCGUCUCUCCGUUGCACUCGCACGGCGAGCGGCUCCCAGGCGCCCGUGAGAGGAGGAUGACAGUCAGGUUCGUCCUCCAUCUCCUUUUGUGGCCGCGGCAGAUCCGUUUCGCCCUUUCAGAUCCCCCUGUGUAACGCUCGCCGAUGCAGCGUCUGCCUUCCCCAGACUUGCCCUGGAACCACCACAGCCACGGCCAGUCCGUCCUCUGCGUGCCGCCGGCAGUGUGCUGAAGCCCGCCCUCGUCGCCCUUGUUGCCCACCACGCCCGUAAUCCUCUGUACUGACCUCCCGCCACCAGGAGCAACCACACCCACCGUAGGAAAGCGUGUCAUGGACCCCCGCACUCGUGGCGGUCAUAUCUCUCUCGGACCCAUCGAUCCCGGCGGCUCAGACAGUCCCGUCGAUGCACAGUCCUCGUCCCCACAGGCCCAUAACUCCGUCGCCUUUGUGAAGGGCGGCAAGCGGAAGCGGCUCAGCAAGGCUUGCGACGCUUGUCACAAGAGCAAACGAAGAUGUGACGGCACAGCCCCCUGCAGUAACUGUUAUUUCGCCUCCAAGCAAUGCACCUACACCGAUUCCUCCGGUCGGCUAGUACCUGCACCUCGCAACGCAGCUCAUGGGGAGCGUCCUGCACAGUCGCCGGCGGACGUUCUCACGGACGACCUCGGAUCUCCGCACAUCGACUUGUCCCAGCCCAUUCCGAACCCUCCAACAAAGGAGCACAACGCGUCGCCCAAGCGGAACCGGUCGGGCACAUCGAGCCGCAGCCCGACGGGGACGUUCGCGUCAUCCUCCCAGCACUCGCCCCAGCUCCCGCAGCCGAGCGAGCCACGAUCAAAGCUUCUGGAUCCUGACACGACGCAUGAAUUGGUCAACCUCUUCUUCGCGCACUGCAACCCGCACCGGCUCAUCCUGCACAAACCGUCCUUCUCCGCGGCGCUCAGCCACAACCGCGUGCCGGAGUACCUGGUGCUCGCGCUCUGCGCGGUCGCCGCGCCGCUGUCCAAGUCGAUUGCCGCGCAGGCUAGCAUCGCGCGCGUCGCAGGCGUGCCGUUCUACCAGGAUGCGGUCAGGAUCAUGUUCGACAACGCGGGGCGGCUUCUGAGCGAGCCCACGCUCGAGACGGCGCAGGCGCUCUGCCUAAUGGAGAUGCAUGAGAUUGCGGCGAGCCAUUCUUGGACGAAGCACAACAAAUACUUUGAUCUGGCGCUGAAGGUCCUGGAGGAGAGCCUGGAGGUGGAGAAGCCGGACGACCAGGUCCGGGGCCGGACGGACGACCUGGACUUCUGCAUCGAGCGCGAGUGCACGCGGCGCUGUUUCUGGCUGAUCCAGUGCAUGAGCUGGAUCAGCGGGAUCUACAUCUACAAGCCGGUGCGCCCGCGAAGUGUGGACAUGACGAAGAAGGUCCGGCUGCCGAUUGACGAGACGACGUUCGACCUGGCUGCCCAUUGGAAUUCAGCGACCGUUGAAUAUCUGCACGUCCAGGCGCCGACGACGCGCUACGCGUCUCAGUUUGGACAUGUGCUGCGGAUUUUGUCGAUAUAUCAGACUGUGCAGAACGUCAUUGUUCAAAACGAAGGACCUGCGCGAGCACGAGCGUUACGGGAAUGUCGACAGAUGCUUGAUAACUGGCUCGCAUCUCUGCCGCAACACUUACAAUUUUCGGAAGACAACGUUCAGAAACAAAUCGACAUGUUCGAGACGAGCUCCAACACAGGUGCUUGGUGUUUCUGUUUCAUGCACGCAUUAUACCCCUGUUGCUAUCUAGCUUUUCUCGAGGGAGAAGGUCGAUUAGGCGAGCCUAUCGAAUGGGUGCGGGACCAACUAGGGACCAUAUUCAACGCUACAGGUACUCGGGCCAAAAAUACCAUUCUCUCGGCAUGCGUCAUCUGGUCAUACAGCAGAUAUUACCCCGAUGACCCGAAGAUCCGAGUAUGGGACACCGACUUUGAGAAAGUGUGGGGGUUCCGCGUGCUGGUCGUGGCGGACCAGUGGCGGCAGGUCCAGGAGCGCGACCGGGCCCAGGCCAACGCGUCGCCCAAUGCGAGCCCUCCGCACGUCGCCGGCGUCUCACCCACAAUUGCCAAAAACAAUGUGCUUAUGGGUCCAGGGAGGCAAGGCGGGUUCGACGUCGCGCCACCACACCAUCACGGAGAUAUGGGCUUGGACCACCGGUACGACCACCACAACCAGAUAGGGCGCGCACGGCCCUACGCCUCGGGUGCAGAGCUUCCUGUUCAGGCUCCGAUGGUGCGCACUCGGGAUGGGGCUCCGAACCUGCCAUCAUUGAAGGCAAGCGGCCUGCUCGACACGUUCCCGCCGCCAUCGGACGCGUUUGCGACCGCGCUGUCGUUGUCCCCACAGGGCGCGACGUUUCAGCAGGACGACCGUCGGUCGGUGACGACGCUGCUCAACUCACCGGUGCAGCAAUUGCGGGGGAACAUGCCCGUCACGUCAAGUCCCAUGAUGCCCAUAGGCCUAGACUGGUUAGGGAAGCCGUGA